UGUUUUAUGGGAUUUGCUCGUCCUCAAGGGUCGGCCGUCUCCAGCUAAUUAGUGGACCAGCAUACGGGCUUCCAAGGCCAUCCCCGAUCUUCAUAACGGCAUAUCCACAUAAAACAACAACCUUAUUGUGGUAUUUCUAGUCUCUCGUAGAUGAGCGUUUACAGCUAGGGCUAUCGUUGUGGCACUCCUCUUCCUAUCACGUCUCAACACAUCUAUAUAGACAUUACACCUGUUAGGCCAGUCAAUCAACCAAAGCCUUUGCUCGUCAAUGAAAAUGUCCCAGGUUCAGCAAUAUUGGCUGCCAGGAUACGGUCUCUCUCGACACAUCGUCCUUGGGCACAUUCAAUAUUUCCUAGGCCCAUCCGCCUCGGUCAGACCUUAUACAUACCAGGGACGCGAAGGCUAUCUCAUUGUGGGCGUACCUCUUACUCGGGAACAAAUCGAUGACCUCGCAGUGAUGUCCCGAGAAUACGAACGACAGGAGUCUCUUCGCAUGACCGGUGACUCCAUCAUUGAUCGCUCCGCCAGGCAGUCGGAGCCAUAUAUCAAUGAGAUCGUGCCGGUUCGAAAUCCCGGCCGACGAUGCGCAAUUGAGCCGGAACCUCGCCGAGGGCGAUGAUACCGACCACUUGCCUCUGUCAAUUGGCUGUUUUGUUCCUUUUGAUCUUUCAUUUCUUUUCCAUCGACGAUAUCCCUAUGUUACGUUGAGCGUUUGUGUACAUGCGAUUCCCCCUCGAGGAAGCUGACAGGGACUGGCUCUCGCAUUGGUUGUUUUCGUUUCUCAGUUGAUCCGUCCCAAUACUUCUUGAUUCGUUCUUAAAUUGGCCUGUUUCAACAGCAGGAAUUCCCGAAUAGGGAGGGAAAUCCACAAAAAAGAAAGAGUAGAAUCUAAUCCAUCUCUCUUUUGUGGUCCAUGUUUCUGUCAUAUCGCAACAUAUUACCAUCGGUAUUGUUUUUAGAAACAAAGAAAAGAAAGC